AUGGCUUUCGAGAACAAAGCCGUAUGGGCACCAGCUCCCAAUUCCCGGGUGCUUGAAGUUGGACCCGGACCAACACCUAACCCUACGGAAAACGAAGUGGUCAUCAAAGUAGCCUAUGUGGCUAUCAAUCCGGCAGACUACAAACUACAAGAGGGAGUAAAUCACCUUUCGUAUCCAUGCAUUUACGGUAUCGAUAUCGCGGGUACAAUCAUGCAACUUGGCUCUAAAGUGACGCAGUUUGAAUUGGGCCAACGAGUCACAGGCCAUUGUGAUUCGCUACUCACUCGAAAGCCAACCAACGCCGCUUUCCAGCUGUACAGCACAUGUAUCGAGCAUCUGGUUUCCGUCGUCCCCGAAUCUCUGCCUUUAGUCAAUGCUGCUGUGCUACCUGUUUCGGUUGAUACUGCCGCAACAGCCCUUUAUAUUAACCUGAAACUACCACUCCCUUCCCUGAACCCAUCCCCAACAGGGAAAAGGGUUCUUAUUUGGGGAGGCAGCUCUUCUGUUGGAUGUUCGGCUAUCCAGUUUGCCGCCGCGUCUGGUUUCGAAGUUGUGACUACUGCCAGUAGUGCUAACCAUGAGCUUGUAAAGAGCCUAGGUUCUGACCAUGCAUUCGACUAUAAAGAGCCUGAUGUGGUUGACAGGAUUUUGGAUCUUCUGAAGCCGGGAGAUCAUGUAGUGGAUUGUAUCUCUACUAAAGAGACGGAAGCUGCGUGCGCGGGCAUCGUUAAGAAGAUACAGGGUGACAAGUUUGUUGUUACGAACUAUCCAAGUGGAGACUAUCCUGACGGUGUGGAAGCUUCUUUCGCUAUGUGUGUGGAUGCUGGUCACCGUUUCCCUGAGGUUGGUGACCAUAUUUGGCACAAGUUUCUACCCACGGCUUUGGCUGAAGGCAAAUUUCAGGCGAAGCCAGAUCCCCAUCUUAUUAAGGGUGGAUUGGAGAAGAUUCCGGGUGCUAUCGACCUUCUUCGGGAAGGAGUUUCGGCGAAGAAGAUUGUCGUCGAGAUCUUGGCUGAGUAG